CAUCAAUAAUGAAGUGUUGAGCUCUCGCAAGGAGAGGACGUCUGUUUUUCCACGGACAACUUGCUGACAAACUUAGGAUAUAACUGUAGAGUCGGAAUGAAGUUCUCGAUAUUUUUGUGUUUGUUGCUUCUCCAGCUGAAAUGCUUAAAUGCUAGACUUUUAUCAAAAAGUGACGGCAAAUUUAUCCGCAGCAGAUUAACGGGCCCCGGUAAAUCUGCUCAUAACUCAGAUUUCCUCAUCCAAGGCAAACAGAGGCCACUGUUUGCACGAAGAAUGUACGAGCGGCAAAGAGUCUAUGAGAUGCGGCCCAGGGUGCGCCCGGCAUACCCCAAAGGGCCGCCUCCUAAAGUGGCUAAGCUCCCCGAUGCUCCAAGGUGCACCAAGGUUUCCGAAGGCUGCCUACCCAAUUCCCGCUGCUGUGACCCGUGCGCAAGCUGCCAGUGUCGAUUCUUUAACACCAUCUGCUUCUGCCGCAAGACCAACUCGAUGUGCGGAAAGAAGGCAUAGAACGGAACAUGAGGAAAGACACACAUGCAACCGUACCACAAGAACAGAUGUGAUAUAACUAUAAUAACAAAUGCAUGUCGAUAAUAGAGCAUAGACCUAUUUACUGAACAGAAGGAACCAUUGCUGGUACAAAAUGAUCAUUUUUGUCAUCGUCUAUAGCUGCUUUAGAGUUUGUAAUCUAUAUGUAUUCUCCAGUGUAUAUUUUCUUGUACAAAUCCAAAAAUGCCUAUGACGUGAGUUUUUGGCUCCGUUAUGGCUAUUAAGCUAUAUUUUCUCAAUUACAAUAAACAAUAUGACU